AUGCUCGAACAAGUCGACGACAAGCUCGUCUUCCGCUACGAUGCCGAAACCCUCUGGAUCCAGCCAUGGGGCGCCAACGCCCUACGCAUCCGCUCCACGCGAGCCCGCGAGAUGCCCGACCAAGACUGGGCCCUCCUCACCCCCAAGUUCCAACCACACAUGCAGGCUCCCAAGAUCGAAAUAGACCCCAAGUCAGGCGGCGCCAUCUCGCUCGGCAAGAUCAAAGCCACCAUCUCCCAGGCCGGCAAAAUCCUCAUCCACAACGCCAAGAGCGACCUCCUACUGGAAGAAUACACCCGCAACCGCAACGACGUGCUCGACUCCAAGUGCAGCGCGCUGGAGGUCGAGGCCCGCGAGUUCAAGCCCAUCGCCCACAGCGACGCCUACCGACUAACGGCGCGCUUCGAGAGCGUCGACCCGGACGAGAAGCUCUUCGGCAUGGGCCAGUACCAGCAACCCUUCCUCGACCUCAAGGGCCACGACCUGGAGCUGGCGCACCGCAACUCGCAGGCCAGCGUCCCCUUCCUGCUCUCGUCCCUGGGCUACGGCCUGCUCUGGAACAACCCGUCCAUCGGCCGCGCGUUCCUCGGCCGGAACAUCAUGUCCUUCGAGGCCCUCUCCGCCGCCACGCUCGAUUACUGGGUCGUGGCGGGUGACGUCCCCGCCGAGAUCGUCGAGGCCUACGCCGACGCCACGGGGAAGGUCCCCAUGAUGCCCGAGUUCGGCUUGGGGUUCUGGCAGUGCAAGCUCCGGUACCAGACCCAGGAGGAGCUGCUCGGCGUGGCGCGCGAGUACAAGCGGCGCCGGCUCCCCAUCGACCUGAUCGUCAUCGACUUCUUCCACUGGCCGCUCCAGGGCGACUGGGCGUUCGACCCGACCUUCUGGCCCGACCCGGACGCCAUGAUCGCGGAGCUGAGGGAGGCGGGCAUCGAGCUGAUGGUGUCCAUCUGGCCCACCGUCGACAAGCGGUGCGGGAACUACGCCGAGAUGCUGGAGAAGGGGUACCUCAUCCGCACCGACAGGGGCGUCCGCACGGCGAUGGAUUUCCAGGGCGACACGGUGCAUUUCGACGCCACCCACCCGGGGGCCCGGGACUACGUGUGGCGGAAGGCCAAGCAGAACUACCACGACCGCGGCAUCCGCAUCUUCUGGCUCGACGAGGCGGAGCCCGAAUACAAGGUCUACGACUUUGAUCACUACCGCUACCACGCCGGCCCGAACACCGCCGUCGGGAACCUCUACCCGCGGGACUACGCCCGCGCCUUCUCCGAGGGGAUGGCGGCCGCGGGCCAGGAGAACAUCGUCAACCUGGUCCGUUGUGCCUGGGCCGGGAGCCAAAAGUACGGGGCCCUGGUGUGGAGCGGCGACAUUGCGAGUUCGUGGCCUUCGCUGCGCGACCAGGUCGCCGCGGGCUUGCACAUGGGCCUUUCGGGUUUCCCCUGGUGGACGACGGAUAUCGGGGGGUUCCACGGCGGGGAUCCCUCGGAGGAGCGGUUCCGGGAGCUUUUCGUUCGCUGGUUCCAGUGGGGGGCUUUCUGUCCCGUCAUGCGGCUUCACGGGGACCGAGAGCCGAAGCAACCCCGGCACGGCACUACCGGGGGGAGUGGUUGCUUAAGCGGCGCUCCGAAUGAGGUGUGGUCCUACGGUCCUGCCGUGUACGAGAUUUGCAAGAACUACAUGUUCCUCCGGGAGAAGAUGCGGGAGUAUAGCAGGGGGUUGAUGAAGGAGGCGCAUGAGAAGGGCACGCCCGUCAUGCGGACUUUGUUCUAUGAGUUCCCCGAAGACAACGAGUGCUGGACCAUCGGCCAGCAGUAUAUGUUCGGGCACAAGUUUCUCGUCUGCCCCGUGCUGUACGAGGGGAGGCGAAAGUUGAAAGUGUAUUUCCCUCGGUUGCCGGAGGGGGAGAAGUGGUCUUCUCUCCAGGAGGGCGUUGGGAAGACGUACGAUGGCGGACGGUGGGUUGAGGUUGAUGCUCCUCUGGAAUGGAUGCCUGUAUUUGUCAGGGGUUGA